CUACAACAUCCAUCGGGCACCGGUGGAUGACAACAGGUUCUACGACCCUUUAAUAUUUUGUAUUUAACAGUAAAGUAAAACAUCUUUCUGUUCGUUCUUGAGAUAGUAUCUAUAAAGUCAGGAACAAGUUUGGGGAGUUAGCUAGCUAACGUUUCUAAAAUCCACCAACUCUGUAGAAAGCACGAAAUCAACGGUUUCCAUGGCGAGCGAUUAAGCUUCCCUAACGUUAUAACGUUAGUAGUUACUUGUAGCUGCAGGCGCUUGUGGAUUUGCACAUGCUAUCUCACAAGGCUAGAUACCUAACCAACUGAUAAUGUCAUCUGUAUCUCAAAAUUCCAUACCUAAAGAUAGUGAUUUAUCUAUCCAUAAAUCGUCUGAUUUUUUUGAUGAUGGAUUAUUGCACGAGAUUUCAACAACAACAAGUACAAAUGACACCAGUACUGCCCCUAAAAGGUACAAGAAUCUGGAUGAGUUGAGUGAGGAGCUCAACAGACGAACCAAGGAGACCCAAAUGCUGCAAGAAGAGGUGGAACAUGCAACUAAAAUUACCAUGGAGAAAAUGGGACGCACAUUUCCCAGCAGCUCACCCUCACAAAUAAAUGACUUUCCCAUUUUUAUGGAUGGUUCAUCGGAGGAGAACUCAGAAGUGCUGUCUCCAUACCGACCGUCUUUGAUCCAGCCUCUUACAUAUGACCAUGAUGGCCUGGAUCUGAUGGUGGUCAGAAGUGGUGUAACCUUCCCCGGGAAAGAUGUUUUGGAAAAUGUAAUAGAGGACUACUCUCAGCAGGUGUCGGAGCUCCAAAAGCAGCUGAGUGAGAUGUGUGCUUUUCAUGAACAGCAGAAGUUCAAAUUGCGUCAGUCCAUCAUCAAGCUGCAGACAAAGUUGCACGAGGUCCAGACUGAGAAAGAUGCCCUGACUGAUCUAAGAAUGAAAGAGAGCAGAAAACAGGCAGAUGUAAUGGGGAAAAUGCAUGCAAUAAUCAGAGCGCUGCAAAUCAAUAAACAGACAGGGGACCAGAGGCUACUGGAGGCUGAGGAGGAAGCAAAGUCACAAAGCAGUAAAGCAGAGUCAAUGGAGCGUACACUACAGGAGGUUCACUCCACACUGUUGGCUUAUGAGAAACGGUGUAGAAACUAUUUGUACUCCAACCAUGACGCACUGGGAGUUGCGGUGCAGAAAGUAUUACAGGACUUGGAGCAUGAGAAUCGCAAUCUGAGAGAAAGAUUCCUGCUGGUGGAAGAGCAGAUGGAGACUCAAGAACAGAAAUGCCAAGAUAAAGCAGAGAUACGGUUGAAGGAGCAAAGGGAAAGACUAGAGCAGCUUAUUACCAGUCAUGACCAGGAGGUGGCGAUAUUGACUGAGAAAUUGAGCAGCUCCAGAAGCAGUGCCUCCAGCUUGUCUGUCCAGGUGGAAUUGCUACAAAAACAAGGUGAGAGUCAGGCUUCAGUGCACCAGUCUCAGGUCAAGGACUUGGAGUCAGCUUUCUCCAUCCUGCGCUCCGAUCUACUGGAUGGCCAGCGGAUCCAUGAAGACAAGGUGAGUGCUCUGGAGAAGCAGUUGGCUGAGGCCCAGUCCCAGGUGGAGGAGGCCCAGAGAGGGAGAGACGGAUCUCUCCAGCAGGCAGAGGAGCUGGACUCUCAGCUCUGCCAGCUCACGUCAGAGCUCCGGCAGGUCCGUGAGGAGUUGGCCCUUGAGAAGGAGGAGACCAAACAGCUGUGGGAGUGGGACACUGGUCACAGUGUGACCAGCGACGGGCUGCGCAGGGAGCUGGAGGAGCGACGCCUGGGGGUGCAGCAGCUGGAGGUUCUGGUGGGAUCUCUCAAAGAUGACUGCCAGGCACAGAUGGAGGCUCAGUUGUUAGGCGAGAAGCAUCAAUGGGAGCAGCAGGAGGAGCUGGCUGUGCUGCGAGGGGAGCUGAAACUGACCACAGACCAGCUAAACAGGGCCAGGGACGAGGAGCUGAGACUGCAGGCCCUACAGGGGGACCGGGACGAGGCGCUGAAGAGGGUCCAGGCGCUGCUGGAGGAGAGGGACAGAGAGCUGCAGCUGAGGCAACAGGAGGCGCAGCAGGGCCGGGCCAGGCUGGAGGAGGCCCAGGGCCACUGCCAGGCCCUCAGGGCAGAGACUGAGGUGCUGAGGCUCAAGCUGGAGGACCGGGAGAAGAUGGUGAACCUGCUGCGGCUGCAGCUGGAGAGCACCACCCAGAUGACCGUACAGCAUGGACGUAGCAUUGACUCCCUGCAUGACGAGAAGAGCCGCCUCAGCAACCAGCUCAGUGAGCACAAGCUGGAGAUCCAACAGCUAAGGACAGACUUGGAGCAGCGUGAGGAGUGUUUGGCAGUGCUGGAGAAGGAGAGGCGAGUGCAGCAGGCUGGCCUGUCCGAACAGAGCCACUGUGCCAAGGAGCUAAAGCUGGAGAAACAGAAGCUCACCGCUGAGCUAGAGAUGCAACGCAUGCAACUGGUCACCCUCACAGAGGAGCAUGAGGAGUUGAAGAGGCUCCACAGCAGUAAGAGUGAGGAGCAGGAGGGUGUGGUGGUGAGUCUCAAAGCCCAGCUGAAGACCACCCGGGCUGAGAUGGACCAGGCCAGGAGGGCCCUAGAGGGGGUGGACGGACACGGCCUGAAGGUUGCCAUGGGAAUGCAGAAGCAGAUAAAAACUAAGCGAGACCAGAUCCACUCUCUCCAGGGCCGAAUCCAACUACUGGAGGAAACCAUAGACAAACUGAGCCAGGAAAAGCAUUACCAGAGUCUGGAGAGUAAGCGUCAGGUCCAGGAGCUGGCCUCAGUCACAGAGGAGAAGAGACAGAUGGCAACUGAGUUGGAGACCGUCCGUUCCCUGGAGAGACUGCUCAGGGAGAAAGUGGCCAAACUGGAGGCGACCCUACACAAGGUGGUGUGGCACUACCUUAUGUCUGGGAGUGUUAUUGACUGUCAAGACUUCAUCCAGUUGCAAGAGCAGGCGUUUGUGCGGCUGAAGCUGCAGCAUGCUCAGCAGGAGCUGCAGGGUCAAAACCUGCGAGACACAGGGAAUGCUCAGCGUUCUUCCCCUACAAGCCCAACAGCCCGGAAUGCACUAACCUCAACCCAGCACCGCUCUAACUGCCUGCUAGAGUUGAAGUCGCAGCGGCUGCUGGAAAGCCCCACUAUGGAGCUGCGUUCUCUAGUCAAAGAGCUGCGACGUGUGAUUUCUGAGAACCCCGGACCACACACCAGCAUUAUCAAAAGGACGUCUGCUCCAGAGAGAGUGCACAGGACCACCCUUGGUGUGCCUCACCUCCUUAGGACAACUGAUCUGGAUGAGCGGAAUUUAAACAGCACCUUCUCAAGCGAGAGCCGGGACUUCUCUUUUGUUGCAUCUCUGCCUUGCUACACAUCGUCACCUCGAGCCAUGGCACUGGGCCACACGUCCCCUGUACACUCACUCCUGACUACUGACCACAGCCCCACGCAUCUACAACCGAGCAGGCCUCUGCCUCAGGCAGGAAGCCCUGUUGCAGACAUGUGCACCUUGGCCAAUCCGCAUGCUGAGUUGACAGGACACACAUGCAAGCACUUGCAAGGAAAACUGGACAGCCUUCAAAACAUGGUGGAUGACUUGCAGAUGAAGAACCAAGACAUGUCCUCUAUGAUAAAGGGUCAAGAGAGGAGAUUGAUGUUCAAAGACAAAGGGAGGCUUUAUAACAAGCAAGGCUCUGGGUGAAUUUCCACAUGUGUAACAAAAAUAAACUUGUAUUUAAAUGAAGGCACUCUGA